CCCACAGCCCCUCACUGUUGCAUCUCCAUGACCCACAGCCCUUCAAUGCCACGUCUCCAUGACCCACAGCCCCUCAAUGUUACAUCUCCAUGACCCACAGCCCCUCAGUGCCAUAUCUCCAUGACCCACAGCCCCUCAAUGUUACAUCUCCAUGACCCACAGCCCCUCAGUGCCUCAUCUCCAUGACCCACAGCCCUCAAUGCCACAUUGAUUUGUGUUCAUCCUCCCGCAGUUCUCUGGCCAAGACACUGCCCAGAACGCCAUGACCCUGGCGCACAACAUCGGCCACAGCUUGGGCUUCAAUCACGACGACGGGAAACGAUUCCAUCACAAAUCCUGUGCCUGCAACUGCACCCGCAGGGGGGGAUGCAUCAUGGGCUCAGCCCCGGGAUCUUGCAUGGCGUUCAGUAACUGCACUCUGAAGGAGUAUUACGAUGAAGUAAUAAGGAAGAGCAGACCUUGCCUGCUCGACAUGCCGACUAUAAAGUCACCCUUUUCUGAACUCUGCGGCAACGGCAUCCUGGAAAGGGGGGAGGAAUGCGACUGCGGCAACAACAAG